AAUAUAAAAACAAUUAAAUACUCUUUACAAAUUUAACAAAUCUGUUAAUUCAUAAUUGUAAUAGAACUCAAGUAUACAUAUAUUGCAAUAGAAUACAUGGAAAAUUAACAUCCUGACAAUCAAUUUUGUUACAAAUCAUAUUGCUUUAACAUAAAAGAAAACUAAUCAUUUUAUAUUUCCGUACGGGGGGCAUUGCGGUUUCAGGCAGCUAUACGUCUCAAAAUGAUUAGAACCGGGCUGAUAAAGACUGUCAAUAAGGUUUAUAUAAGCACAUUGUUGUCAGUGUGUUAUUUUGACCUGCAGCACUUCUAGAUGUGCCAGGGAGAGAGAGAGGGAAGUAUUUGGAGUUCUCCAACAAUCAGUUGAGCUUUUCUAUCAGCUGAAACUUUGCAGCGUCCCGUUAAAGCAAAAGUGGAAGGAGCAUAAAUAGUUAUGUAAGUUAACUAGGAGAGAAAGCAUGCCAAAGCCUAGUUGCAGCGUCCCACUCAACCAGAGCCUUGUUGUUAGAUGAUUUUCUAAGGCAUUGUUCUUGCAAAACAUUAUCUUUCAUGUGCCUGCAAGAACAGUGUUUUUAUGAAGCAAUUCUUUUCUUUUUUCUUAGAACCAAUCUUUCAGUGACUUAGCUUUUCUACUUAGCCACUGAGUUGAGGUUUGGAGUUCAAUUAUGCAAUUAAUAUAAAUAUCAAAACUUCUAUAUUCUUUCCAUUCUUUCUUAAGCAAUAUAGACAUGCAGUUUAAAAGCCUCACCUUCCAUAUUCCCUUCACGUUAAUUUGUGACUUUUACUUUUUCUUUUUCUAAAGCCACAGCCAACAUUUUUUUGUAAAGUCAUUAUAAGUUUAAAAGUGUUCACAGUCAAAGUCCUAAACAAUCUUCACCUUCCCGCUGUCAGAAGUUUUUGGCGAUAAUCCCGAGCUAGCUAGGGUUUAGUUUCUGAGCUAUUUUUAGUGUUAGGGUUGUUGGAACUUUAUAUCAAAGCAUAAAGCGUACAUGUUUUUGUUUGGUUGGUGAUUUCGUUUUGGUUAGGUUUUGUGAGCGAGCAGGUCAGAAGAUAUGGAAGAGAAGAAGAAUGCAGACGACGAUAGAAUCAUCAACGACAAUAUAUUGAUGAUAUCUGAUGUCCAUGCUGAUGACGAGGAUUUUGAGAAGCAGCAAGAAGGCAGCAGCAGAUUGAAUAUAAGUCGAGAGAUUCAGGAAAGCGUAAGAAAAUCCGAGGAAGCAAGUUGUGUUUCACCUACAAGUUCGUUACCUCCUGCUCCCCCAGUACUAGGCCUUGGGCGUGGUGCUCCUCCUUUGAAACCCACUCCACGACGCCGUGUCAAUGGCAACGUGUCUCAGCACCCUACCACUACUACCACUGCAGAGACCGACGAGACCAGGGUCAAGUUUCUGAGGCUUUCACACAGGUUAGGGCAAACUCCACGUAACAACGUUGUCGUUGCUCAGUUUUUGUAUAGGCUUGGAUUGCCUGAGCUGUCUAGGGGAAGCAGCCGUGGUGUUGGUGCCUUUAUUAGUAGUAUUAAUCGUGCCAUUUCCAUGGCGGAACAGCUUGAGGGACAGAAACAGGAUCAUCCGCUUGAUUUUUCUUGUACGAUUAUGUUGCUCGGUAAAAGCGGUGUUGGCAAGAGUGCUACGAUUAAUUCUAUUUUCGAUGAUGAUCAUCAAGUGAAGAAGAUGUGUACCACCGAUGCGUUCCAGAUGGGGACGAAGAGGGUUCAGCUUGUUGAGGGUUUUGUUCAGGGAAUCAAAGUCCGGGUGAUCGACACUCCAGGCCUCUCACCAUCAUGGUUUGAUCAACACAAGAACGUGAAAACCCUCAAGUCUAUUAGGGCUUUCAUCAAAAAAAGUCCACCUGAUGUUGUAUUAUAUCUCGAUAGGUUGGAUACGCAAACGCAAAGCAUAGAUGACGACAUGCUUCUUUUGCGCACCAUUACCCAUGUUCUUGGACCGUCGAUAUGGUCUAACGCCAUCGUGGGUUUGACUCACGCCGCUUCCGCUCCACCAGAUGGCGCUGCCUCUAGCUACGACAUGUUUGUAACACGACGUUGUCAUGCCAUUCAGCUGGACAUUCGCCAAGCAGCUGGAGAUGUGCGGCUGAACCCUGUGUCUUUAGUUGAGAACCACCCUGCUUGCAGGACCAACCGGGCGGGUCAGAGAGUGUUACCCAAUGGCCAAGCGUGGAAGCCUCAUUUGCUGUUACUCUCGUUUGCAUCCAAGAUUCUAGCACAAGAAAAUGCAUAUGAUGUUAAUUAUAAUAGUCCACCAUUAGUUGUAGAAGCUCGAUCCAAGGCUCAACCUCCACUGUCACUUUUUCUCUCAUCUCUUCUGGAAUCAGAUCAGCUUCCUCCUCCUUUUAAGCGAUUGACUGAAGCUGAGAUUUCUAGGCUUAGUGAGCAAUAUCGUGUUGAGUUUGAGCACCAGGCGGAACUAGAGAUGGAAGAGGAAAACGAGAGACGUCGACCUCAUAUUACUCUUCCACCUACCAUGCCAGUACCUAUACCGAUAUGGUAUGACACUAACAAUCAUCCUGUUCGCACCCAUCCACCUAUUGAUCUCUCCAACCCGUCGCUACUUGUUACUCCAGUCCUGGUACUUCCGGGGUGGGAUCAUGAUAUUGGCUAUGAUGGCCUAAGUGCUGAAGGGACUUUGGUUAAUGUUAAAGAAAAGAUACAUAUGUCUUACUCGGGCCAAGCGACAGAGAACUUCAUGAAGAAAGGUGCAAACGUGCAGCUGGAAAUGGCCAGCUUGGUUGUACAUGGAGAGGAGGGUAAUAGAUCAACCUCCCUAGGUUUCGAGAUGCAAAAAAAAACUUGGGAUGAAUUGUCUUGCACUCUUCGAAGUGAUUCCAAUUUUAUGAAACACAAAGCUGCGGCUGGUCUCGCUGUAACGCUCUUGGGUGAUUCGGUGUCUGCGGGGAUGAAAGCAGAACGUAAAUUGAUUGCUAAUAAAAGGUUCGGAAUGGAUGUGUGUGGUGGUGGGGCAAUGACUUGUCGAGGUGAUGCUGCUUAUGGGGGUAGUUUAGAAGCUCAGUUGCUUGGUAGGUUUUUUUUAUCUACUCUGGGACUUUCUGUGGUGGAUGGACAUGGGGGUCUUGCUAUCGGAGGGAAUAUACAGACCCAAGUGCACAUAGGACGUUCAUCUGAUCUAACUGCUCGUGCUAAUCUGAACAGCAGAGGGGCAGUGCAAGUAAGCAUCCGGGCAAACAUCUUUGAACAGCUCGAACAUGCUAUGGCCGCACUUGUUCCUCUGUUUAAGAAGCUACUUAGUUAUUAUUCCCCUAAUUAGUACCUAGUUGUUUUUGUUCAUGUCUUAUCUCUGGAUUUUGCAUUAAGCCUUGAUAAAAAUUUAUGUUGCAGUUUACUUAUUGACGUUAAAGACACCCAUCACCGUUGUUGGAAAGAUAUUGAUAUCACAAUUUACUGUUUAUCAAUAUCUCAAUUUUUUGAUAACAAGAUUAUUACUGAAAACUUUUACUUUAUUAAGACAACACACAAGAUUUUAUUAAUUUAUUGUUGUUCACACACACAGUAAUUUCUACGGAUCAUGUUUGUUUGAUCUUUAUAUUGAGAUCAAACGUUAUUAUUUUGAAGAGACAUGACUAUUAAUCUAAGACACAACUAUCCAAUCUAAAGUAACGACUCUCACACACACCUUUUAGUACAACAUUACAACUUAAUAACUAAAUAACAUACAACCAAAAGUUCAGUUACUAAGAGCAUUAUUAACCCAAAAACUCAUUUUGGAUUUCUUAUUAAUUUUUAAGUAUUAAAUGUUAUAUAAGAGACCUAGAUAAGAGACAUCAACAUUUUUGUGCUCGAAUGGAAGUCUUUUAUUUAGGGAUUCUUAAAAAAAAAAUUAAACAUUAUUUACCGGUGAAAAAGGAAAUCUGCUUUGGCUCGCUCUCUCGACGUGGGUUUCAAAUUCACAGAAGAAGCACAUUUCGUCGCGCACACCUGUCAAACAAAACAUAGGAAACCAAAGUUGAAAGGACAUAAAGAAAACCAAACCAAUCUUCCUGAUCUAUUCAUCAUAUUUUUGUUGAAAAAAAUGGAAAAUUUUAAAGAUUCAUGAUCUCCAAGAAGAAAGAACAGUAAAAUAAAUUUGGAGAAGUUAUCUCCCGUAAAUUCAUAAACCGAUUGCUAACCGGAAUCAAAUCGACCGGUUUGAAUCAGAUAAGAAAGAACCGCCUCGGUAUGUUUCAGUUUAACUAGACCAUUCGUGGAUUUGGCCUUUACCACCAUCGAAUUAUCCAACCGGUUUGUUUAAUUAUCUAUGGUUCUUCUGGUAACUUUUAUAUAGUGAAAAUUCUUUUUAACUCAGUGAUUUGAUUAAAAAAAUCAACUAAUAUUUUUAUACCAUAAAGUCUUAAUUUUAAGUUUAGACAAAAAUUAUUUAUAUAAUUUUUUAAAAAAAUCUUAAGUUUAUAAUGGUGCAAAUAAGACCAUAAAAACAUGAGCUAUUGUUUUUUUGCAUAGGAUGUUUAGUAUAGUGAUUUCAGUUAUAAAAUCGUCUAUAAUAUAAAUAUUUU